UCUCGUCAAGAUGAACCCCCACCAGCAGAACAAGAUCGAUACCAGCAAGAUGAGCCCUGACGAGCAACGUCUUUUCCGCCUCUAUGGCAAGAUGCCCACCAAGAAAGAUCUAUUGCAAAACAAGCUGAAGGAACGGAAGUACUUUGACUCGGGAGACUACGCACUUAGCAAGGCCGGAAAGGCUUCGGACGUUGGUGUCACCAACAUCGGCUCUCAACAUCCCGUUCCUGAGAACAUCCCUCAUUUGACGGCCACCUCGCCCGGUGCCAACAAUCCUGCCACCGCAAGCAAUGGCGGGAGCGUCAGCGCCCAAGGACAGCAGAUCCCCGGCAGCAUUAGUGGCCAUCCAGGCUCCAUCGGAUUCCAGAGCCGUAGCCCCGUCAAGGAGGCGAGCUAUCUGCAACGGGGAACGAGUGUGAAUGAAGCCGAGGGGGUUGAGCAGAACAAUGAUGAUAGUAUGAGCCCGCCUCCAGCUCGGGGUGGUGUUCCUAUUCGGCAGUAAAUGGUCGGAUGUCGCCUAUGUUUUCCUGACCUGUUUGCAUCUGUUUUGCUUCAGUCUCGCUAUUUUCCUAUCGGUGGUGGGUGGCAUUAAAAGAGCCUGG